AUGUACGCCAGAUAUAUACCUCCCUCUAAGGGUAGAGGCAACUCAAAUGCUUCUUCUCCUCACUCGUCAUCAAACCCUUCAAACAGCACUGCUCCUACUCCUACAACGAAUGCCUUCGGUUUUUCGCGAUACGUCCCUCCGAGCGCAAAGCCCAUACCUCAAUCUAUGUACAACGAGACUCCUCAAGUCCAAUACUUCGAUGACGCACCGCCCACAAAUACCAAGCGCAAAAUAGAUUCUUCAGAUGAGAGCAAAGGAAUAACAGGCCCUGAUAGCAAGAAGCCCAAGAUAGAAGAGCCAACUAUACAAAAGGAUAGAGAAGAUGCGCCGAAAAAGAAGAAGAAGGUCAGAAGAGGCAAGCGAAGAACUGGAGCUACCAAUGAAGAACGCGACGAUGACGGCAUCAAGCCCGCGCAAGAGGCCCCUGAGAUCAAACCGAAGGAAGCAGAUGCAACGCACGAAGAGAGCCAGACUAUGGAUGAAGGUUCUGCAAAGGGCAAGGAAAAGCCGAAACGAGAAAUGAAGGAAAAGAAAGAGAAGAGGAAGUCAAAUAAUGAAGAGCAAGAAUCAGAAGUUCCUGACAGACCUGUUCCCGAGGACGAGGAUCGCAGCGAGGAUGUUUCCAUGACCGACGUGGCAGAACCCAUUGAGACUGUGCCUGAACCUACCGAACCAGCGGCAGAUGAGGAUGAUAAAAGACGGAAGCGCAGGGAAAAGAAAAAGAAGGAAAAGGAAACUGAGCCAGCAGAGGAACAAGAAGAUGAACUGCAGACAAAUCAGCGCCACAAGACGGUCAUGAGUAAGCUGGAGAAGUCUCUUAAGCUUGCCAGUGAGCUGCCUGCGGACGAACAGGAUGAAGAAGAUCAGGGCGAAUUACACGGUCUCGAACCUUUGCCUCAACCGGAGCCGGUCAGCUCUCUGACGACCUCGAAGCCGAACUACAAGAUUCUACCCUCUUGGCUCGAGGAUCCCAUCCGUGUCUCUCAAGACACACGUACACCCUUCGCUGAACUGGAGAUCAUUCCCAAAGCUUGUCGAGUGUUAGAGGAGAAGGGAUUCCGAGAUGCCUUCGCUGUGCAAACUGCCGCAAUCCCUCUCCUGCUGCCAACAAGCAAGCCACGCGGAGAUGUGCUUAUAUCUGCGGCGACCGGUUCUGGUAAGACAUUGGCUUAUGCCCUGCCUGUCGUACGGGAUAUCAGUCAAGGUUGCCUCACGAGGCUGCGUGCACUAGUAGUGCUGCCAACACGUGAGUUGGUUAAGCAAGCUCAAGAAACCUUUGAACUAUGCGCUAGAGCAUUCGAUGGUGGUGAUCGAAAAAGAGUGCGAGUGGGCAUCUCCAUUGGUAGCCAGUCGCUUGAGGCCGAGCAGAAAGCCUUUAUAGAUCAGGAGCUUCGAUAUGACCCUGAUACAUACAAGAAGCUGAAACAAGAGACACAACGUCGAAACCAACUGAAGUGGGGCCUUUCGUCAUCAGAACAUCUCCAAGAUCUCGACAAGGAGGAUACAGACCCUCGGUUGAGUCACAUGAACGGAUAUGUGGUUGAUUACCUUUCCAAAAUAGAUGUUCUGAUAUGCACUCCUGGACGACUGGUUGAGCAUAUGGAGCAAACAAGGGGCUUCAACCUGGAUUACGUUCGAUGGCUGGUAGUUGAUGAGGCAGAUAAGCUACUUGCUCAGAGCUUCCAAGGCUGGCUUGACCUCGUUAUGGAAAAGUUCCGCAUCAAUAAGUUUACCGCACGAGACUUCCAUGGCAUGGACUUUUCUGGUGUUCGUAAGGUCAUUCUGAGUGCCACGCUCACAAGAGAUCUGAGUCUUCUCAACCAAUUAGGUCUGCAAAGACCACGACUGAUUGUCCUGGAGAGCGAUGGCGAUAUCCAGAUUGCUGAGCAUUCUCUGCCCGCAUCGCUGAAAGAGCAUGCAAUUAGAGUGCACGACAGCAACCUCAAGCCCCUCUACUUGCUUGAUCUACUCCGCAGUCAGGACAUGCUCAUGGCGAGCCCUAACAAAGACGAAGAGGAACCCAAGGCCGAAGAAGCUGAAGAUUCAGCUACUAGUUCUAACUCAAGCUCCAGUUCUGACUUCGACUCCGACUCCGACUCCGACUCUGAUACUACUUCUGACACUAGCUCGGGCACAUCUUCUGACUCGGACUCGGACACAGAGUCCAGUGCCAAACCCAAGGUUUCGGGACGCACACUUAAGUCUCACAUCCCUAUUUCUCUUAUUUUUACAAAGUCCAACGAAUCUGCACUUCGUUUGUCACGACUACUCGCCUUGCUGGAUCCCUCCUUGACAGACCACAUUGGCACACUCACGUCAACCACACCAACACACAUCCGUCGCAAGACUCUCCGGGCCUUCUCUACUGCCUCGUCUCCCAUUUGCCUCCUUGUCGCCUCCGACCUUGUCGCUCGUGGUAUCGAUCUUCCCAACCUUGACCACGUAAUCAACUACGACCUACCGCCUAGUGUAGCCGGCUAUGUUCACCGAGUUGGUCGAACAGCUCGAGCUGGAAGGUCAGGAUGUGCAUGGACACUCGUUGGUGACGAUGAGAGUGGUUGGUUCUGGGGCAAGAUUGCCAAGGGCGCUGGAGUCAAGAGAGCACAAAAGGUUGGGCGAACAAGGAUUGAGGAAAUCGAUGAAAAGAGAGUGGAAGAUUAUGAGGCUGCUUUGGAGAAGUUGGGUAAGGAAGCAGGAAGGUAA